GCAAUCGUUAGCCUAUUUUUACAAAAACGGCUUCUACGGGACCAUAACAUAAGAUACAAGGUAAUUGAGACUUUUAUACAUUGUCGUGUUUCUUUAGAAAUAAACAAUGGACAAAUUGAAAUUUUAAACGCCUCAGAUCUAAAGUUAUUCACUGUCAAAGUGACGCCAAAAUGAAUUGGAGUCAAUGGGAUGCUAACAGCAUUUGAUGGCUUGCUAGCUAAUGGCGGCCCGCAUUGGAGAAACGCUUACUGGGUGCUGGACUAUUCCCUUUCUGCGAACAUGUCUUGCUGUGUAGCAUACAAAUGUUCUAAAAGACAAGUCUCUUCUUCCGGAUUAAGCUUUUUCAGGUUCCCCUUCAAUGAUAAAGAAAGGCUGCAGAAGUGGAUACGCAAUGUCAAGAGAAAGGGCUGGACACCAAACAAGUAUUCUCGCCUCUGCUCGCUUCACUUCACGCCGGACUGCAUCAUCACUGACAUGGAACGAAACAGACUCAAACCAGACGCGGUGCCGACCAUCUUCUACCCCCACUGCCAGGUGAAGGUCGAGGUGAGGCACACCAGAGUAAGCGUCAGUGAGAACACAACGGUUAGAGAGGACGACUUUGACACAAAAGUUGAUAUACGCAGGAACUUCAGUCUUGACCAUGAUUACAACAGUGGCACUCACUAUGAACCACAGACAGCCGAGAUAGGUGAAGCCGGCAGCAGCCAUUCUGCCGAUCACGGAGCAUACACACUCAAAGAUUCCCUCAGUCCUCUAAAGAGGAAGUUGUCAGAUGCUGAAAGUUGCUUGCUUUCUUGCAAGAAACAAUUGAAGCUUCAAGAGCAGAGAGUGAGAAGACUGAAGCAGAAAGUGAAGUCUCUCUCUCUUCAGUUGUCAAUGAUCUGAAAGAGAAGCUGCUUGUUUCCACCAAGGCUUUCUUUAGCGGUGUUGGGAAAACUGCCCGACGCAUCACUGCUUCCUCACACCCUCCAUCAAGGCCAUCCAGGGACUUUCUAACCAUUCCAAACCAAACCAGUCCAAACCAGUGACCCUGUGGUCUCUCUGGCCCUCUCUUCCCCAUGAUCCAAAUCACUGGACCUGUUAAUAGCGUACAGCAAACACAAUCAGAACAUUGUUUUGUCAGUAAACAUAUUUAACACACACA